GAGCUCAGGGUGACAUUUGGAGCUGUUCACCGCAGCAUGGUUAUGGGUCUUCUAAGCGACCACACUUUCUUCUGAGUUUUUCGCAGGUUCUUACAAGACGAUACCGAUAUAUAACUGUCUGUCCGUGUGCUAUAAUGGCAUCGUGGAGCUUUCGACUUCUUCACCGGUGCUCUGGUGUGAUCACAGUCCGAGCAGGAGCGACCACAAGCCCUGCACAGACAGUUGGAUGUAUCAGAACACUGAAGACCACAACAUGGUUUGAAGAAAACCUCACAGAAGACAACCAGACAUUCAUGAGGACGGAGAUUGCUGCGGAAUUCAGAAAACAAACUGAAGAUAAACUCAACCCACUGAAGGAUGAACCCUGGCAGCGACACAGUUGGGCAGAAGGGAGUCGACGGGUUGGGUUGGUAGCUGUGAAGUUGGGAAUGGCUCCCCUCUGGUCAAAAACAGGAGAGAGGCAUGUAGUCACUUUGUUGCAGGUGCAGGACUGCCAUGUGCUCAAAUACCUGCCUAAAGAGCAGUAUAAUGGACGAUGUCCAGCUCUUGUUGUUGGUGGAAAAAAUUGCUCACCAUUCCAAAAAUCUGAAAUGAGACUGGAGCUCUUCAGGAACGCUGGGGUUCCUCCAAAGCAGAAAAUCACCACCUUUAGCGUUUCAGAGAAUGCAGUCAUCAAGCCAGGAACUCCCUUGUACGCAGCCCAUUUCCGUCCAGGCCAGUAUGUGGACGUCACCGCCAAAACAAUUGGCAAAGGCUUUCAAGGAGUUAUGAAAAGAUGGGGCUUCAGUGGCCAACCAGCGAGUCACGGACAAACCAAAACACAUAGGAGACCAGGAGCUUCUGGGCCUGGAGGGGAUCCUGCCAAAGUUUUCAAGGGCAAGAAGAUGCCCGGAAGGAUGGGCAAUAAGUACGACACAGCCGUAGGACUGAAGAUCUGGCGGGUCAAUACCAAACACAACGUGCUUUACGUGAACGGCUCCGUCCCCGGCCACAGGAACUGCUUAGUGAAGGUGAGGGACACAUCACUGCCAACCCGCUUGACCACCCUUCUUAAUCCGCCCUUCCCCACCUUCUUCACUGAAGAGGAAGGCGACCUUGAUGAGGACUUGUACGACGAGGAUAUGUUUGUUCACACAGAUCCAUCAUUGACUUUGGCUUAAAACCACCCAUGGAAAUGCUGCAGAUGUUGUAAUAAAAAGG